UAGCAAUUCCACAGCAGUCUUCCCAAAUAGCCUCCAAGUCAGGCCGUCAGCUGCAGGAUUUCUCCACUGGUGUGCAGGUGAAUAGAUCGGUCAGGGAGCAUCCAACUAUUCCACCCUGGGAAACAGUAGUCCGACCUAAGGAGAAAGACAGGAAGGAUCAAACACCAUCACAGGUGAAGAGUUUGGUCAAGGAGCGUCCAACAACGACAUACCCAGCAACAGUAGUCCGACCUCAGGUACAACACAGGGAGGAUCAAACAUCAACUCAGGGAAAGAGGCUGCUCUCGAUGAUGUCAGCUACCACAGCCCAGGAUAUAGCAGUCUAUAAUAAACUAUUACAGAAUGUGCCAGUGUCACCGAACAUCAACUCUGCAACCAGAGCCACGAUCAAGAAGGAGCCCAAAUCACCUUCUGCUACUCCACAACGAUCUUUCCAAAAAGCCACAAGCUCAAAAUCAAACCACCAGCUGCAGGAUUUCUCCACUGGUGUGCAGGUGAAUAGAUCGGUCAGGGAGCAUCCAACUAUUCCACCCUGGGAAACAGUAGUCCGACCUAAGGAGAAAGACAGGAAGGAUCAAACACCAUCACAGGUGAAGAGUUUGGUCAAGGAGCGUCCAACAACCAAAUACCCAGCAACAGUAGUCCGACCUCAGGUACAAGACAGGGAGGAUCAAACAUCAACUCAGAGGAAGAAUCUGCUCUGGAUGAUGACAGCUACCACAGCCCAGGAUAUAGCAGUCUAUAAUAAACUAUUACAGAAUGUGCCAGUGUCACCGAACAUCAACUCUGCAACCAGAGCCACGAUCAAGGAGGAGCCCAAAUCACCUUCUGCUACUCCACAACGAUCUUUCCAAAAAGCCACAAGCUCAAAAGCAAGCCACCAACUGCAGAAUUUCAACACUGGUGUGCAGGGUGUCCCCGAUUCAACAAGUUCCAACAUCCAAACGUAUUCUGCAGCAGCGGAUGCCACAAGAAAGAAGGAUCCUGAAUCAUUGUGUGAGUCUGCGCAGCCUGAAUUCUCCUACGGCAGGAAGGUGAAGGAACUGCUCCGGAUGUUUUCAGCCACCACAACCCAGGAAACAGCAGUCCGACCAAAGAAGAAACCCAGAGAGGAACAAAAACUAUUACAGAAUGUGCCAGUGUCACCGAGCAUCAACUCUGCAACAACAGCCACGAUCAAGGAGGAGCCCAAAUCAUCUUCUGCUACUCCACAACGAUCUUACCAAAAAACCACAAGCUCAAAAGCAAGCCACCAGCUGCAGGAUUUCAACACUGGUGUACAGGUAAGGCAGAUUUAUUGGAACUCUCUGACUAUGAAACCAACAGUGAAUAGAUCGGUCAGGGAGCAUCCAACUAUUCCACCCUGGGAAACAGUAGUCCGACUUAAGGAGAAAGACAGGAAGGAUCAAACACCAUCACAGGUGAAGAGUUUGGUCAAGGAGCGUCCAACAACCAAAUACCCAGCAACAGUAGUCCGACCUCAGGUACAACACAGGGAGGAUCAAACAUCAACUCAGAAUGUACCAGAUUCAACAAGUGGCACCACCCAAGUAAAUCCUGCAUCAGCAGAAGCCACAACUGAGGAGGAUCCUAAAAUAGAUUACUCCACCGGUAUGAAGGUGAAGGAACUGCUCCGGAUGUUUUCAGCUACCACAGCCCAGGAAACAGCAGUCCGACCAAAGGGUAACCACAGGGAGGAAACAAAACUAUCAAAGGUGAAGCUAUUAGCCCAGAAACCUUCAGCUCCCACAGCCCAGGAAACAGCAGUCCAUCCAAAAGAAAAAGACGAGGAGGAUCCAAACCUAACACAGGUAAGACCAAACCGAAUCCCAGCUGACGCAGCUGUAAAGCAUAAAAUCCAAAUGAGAGAACAAAAGGUGGCUCAAGGCAGAUCAUCUGUGAAAGCCCGCCAGCCUUUUCAGGGCAGCUCGGAAGCUGAGUGGCUGGAGAUCAACGGUGUGUUCUCAGAGGUGGUGAGAGUUGCAGAGGAUGCUAAGCAGAAGUCCCUCAACCUUUCACUGUCCACACUGAGGACUACAACAUCCACCAUGAUGGAACAAAUUCGCCAGAAACUGGAAAAACUCACUGCUAUUGAACUUAAAUGGAUUUCCAAGUUUGCAGUGGAUGUAGAGCUGGAUCCAACCACCGCACACAGAUGCCUUGUUUAUGCUUAUGGGAAGAAAGUAAGUAACGGAGGAGAGAACCAGGAAACUCCAGGGAGGUUUGGCAGCGUCCUGGGUCUCAACAGGUUGACUUCUGGGAAGUCGUACUGGGAGGUUGUUGUCAGCAACAACACUGGAUGGACUCUUGGUGUAUCGAAAGGCAAUGCAAACCGCAAGGCGAAACUCUCUCUGAACCCAGAUAACGGUUACUGGGUUACUGAACAUUAUAAAAACGAGUACGCAGCCCUGACGGCUACACCAGUUCGUCUUUCCCUGAAAAAGAAACCACAGAAGGUUGGAGUGUUUGUGGACUACGAGGAAGGUCUGGUGUCCUUCUACGAUGUGACGGCUCGAUCUCACAUCUACUCGUUUACUAAGUGUUGGUUCACUGGAGAGAUCUACCCCUAUUUCACUUUGCAUCAUAAAGGAGAUGGUGAAAUUAAUGGCCCUCUGAUUAUCUCAACUGUGAAACCCCAGUAAUCCCAUACAACUAAAUUGCAUUCUCAAUUACGUUAGGAAGGAAACAUAUUUUGUCGCGUUUGUCUUUUAACGUAUCACAAAUACCUUUUUGUAAGUCUGCGGGGGGAUGCAGCGAGUGAUGUAGUAUUUGUAUUUUGGUUUUGCAGUUUAGUUGUAUGGGAACGUAAUUUUGUGGGGGACUGGGUUGAGAUAAGAUAUACUUUAUUAUUACACGCCUAUGCUGAAUACUCGAUUCUGAUUG